AUGGAAAUCGCUGGGCGCUGUCAACAAUACAAAUCUGCAACCAAAUCUGUCCUCAACUGGCUGGCAUCGCAGACGAAAGGUGCUUGCUCGAUCGCGAAAUGGCCAACGUGCGUUGAUGACAUAGCGCUUGCGGCAAAAGAGGUUGCCUUGAAGGCAAUUUCCGUUCCUCGCCACAUUUACCAUGAUUUGAGCGCUUGCAUUAGAUUGCGCACGGAGGUGCAGAAGAUGUACACAUGUCGAGCAGAGUGCCGUAAUGAGAAGGAUAGAAGGCACCAUUACUUCAUUUCCGCUCUCAAGGAGGCUCGUGAAGCAUUGAAAACUAUGUUGGACCGUGACAAGACGAGCGAGCCUUCUGCUCAUGAAGCAACACAGGCAGAGGAAAGUGUCCACCCGAAUCAUUUCGUGGAGCUGGCUCCAGACACGGAGUCUGAAGAAGAGCCACCUUCUCCUGCGAACGGGAGGCAUCGGAAUCUCGAGGGUCUGUUGGUUCGCAUGAAAGGUGUGGGUAAAAAGAAGCGCAUGGGCAAGCUGGGUAUCGUGCAGGACGUUACUGAUGACGUUUGUUCUGUCUUCUGUCAUGGUGAAGUUCUGAGCGUGCCGGUGGAUGAUCUGGACAUCGUGAGCGAAGACGACCUGGCGGAGAUCCGAGGAGAAACGAUAUCCUUCCAAGCAGCAAGUUUUUUGCUGGACUUGGAGGAAUUGCACGCUGAGGUCAUAUCCGCCUGGGAGGAGUACACACAGGGGCAGCUCAGCUUGCCGGCGGCCACUGCCAAGACUAACGUUUGUGUCCGCCAGGCCUCUGCUUGGGCUGUAAGCCUUGAGCUGCUUCAGCCAGAGCUUUACAGCUUGGAGCGGGUCAUCGUGGCAGCAUACCUGCUGGAUGUCGUGCAGUGGGCGCAGGACCAGUUGGACACGACAUUUGCAAAAGCUCUGGGACUGGCAGUGCAGCUGGUUUUCGGUGAUCCGGAUGAGACAAGAGUUCAUACACUUGGGCCCAACCGCAUACUGCAUGGGCACAUGCUGGCCAUGGCUCGAGUCAAAGAACCGGGUGGGGUUGAGCUCCAGAGGGCCGGUGAGGGCAUCCGCAAGCGAUGGCCUGAAUGCAGUCCUCUUCAGGCAGAACAGCUGAUUGAUGUGGUCUCUGCGGAAUGUUUCCGACGCUUUCUGUGCAUCCGGGGGCUACCGGGGCUUGCUACCGAUGCUGACGAUUUUCUGGUUGGGGCCAACGGCUUGGUGCACACGUCUGAUUUUUUGCUUCGACUGUCGAAUGCUGGGUUGAUGACACCACCGAAGAGGUGGAACUUCCUGAAGCCGGAUCACUUUGGACCCCAGUGGGAUGAGAAGAAGCGGCCGGCAUCGUGCACGUCGGAUUUGACGAGCUAUUCUGGAAUGGUGAUCCCUGCGUUGUUGUGGUAUGCACAUUAUGAGCUUCGUACCUCUAAGACGCAGCAGCUUCGGAUGCCCGACCUGAAGUUCGAUUCCCUCAUGCCCUUGUGGAGUGUGCUGCAAAAGGCCAUGGCUGCCGGUCGCACCUCCUUGUCCCUGGCCUUUGCCAUGCAUGCCCUGAUGAUUUCCACUGUGAAGGUGAACGGGGAGCAGCGUUGCAUGCGCAUUGGAGUAACUUGCCGCGCCUGCUUCUCAAAGUUUGUGUCUCAGCUGGAGCGAGAUCACGAAUUCUACGACCAUCCCUCUGCAGCACACAACUUCGCGCUCGGGAAGCUCUGGGUGGAUGAAGCCGAGAAGCGCAUGCGAUCUACACCGCAUGGUGGAGAGCAGGAUGAUCUUUUGAAACAGAUUGGAUGCUUGCAGCGUGAUUACGCUUUGCUUUUGAACCCUUGGGUGGCAGGACAGCAGCAGCUCGUCGCGCUGGUAGCUGUUGCCAUCGGCAUCGGUAGCUCCAUUGUGGACAGUCGCGGUCAAAUAAGAUUUGUGCUGCACCUCUACAAUGCCCUGCGUUGCGCGGAGGUGGUGCAGUCGUUGCCCAUGUUGGACUGGCUUCUCGAGAUCUUCAGAAGCUCUAAGGCCAUUUGGCACGCCGGACGUCCAACAGAGGAUUUCCUGCAACAUUGGUACCUCUCGCUGGGCAUGGCGGUGUCUUCAGACAGAGGCAGCUCCUUGCGCGGCCAACGGGCACUCGUCCCUGUUGAUGCUGCAGAAAUAAGUCCUUCGUAUCAGCGGGUGGCGAACGGUGACUUCAGGGACCUCUCGGAUUAUGCGAGGACGCUCCGCGGGAUUCUACAGGCAACGAGCUCAAGCUUCGAAGAGGACAAGUUGUUUCGGUACAACCUUUUCGCCGUUGGCGCCCACUUCCGCCAACUGCCCGAAAAGCUGGUGCAGGCUCUGCAGCUGGAAUUAAAAGUGCUAGAAGAACAGGGGAGCCGCCCAGACCGUGGGCGCCCGAGCAAGUCGAAGAGCAAGAAGGAUGCCGAUGCAAGCAAGGACGAGGCGACCAAGCGGGUAGACGCCGUGCAUGUGGUGCUGGCAGGUGAACUUUUCUUUGCCUGCGAAAGAUCAGAGAGUGUGGAGAAGAUAGCAGGAAAGCUAGGCUACAAGGCUACUCCUGAGGCAAGAGAGCGCCCCCAGGACGAGAAGCCACAGCUACAGAUGGCCGCUCAAGUUCUUGCAGAGCACGUCGGCGCACUGAGUAAGGCGAGCUACAUGCUGCCCUCCUGA